AUGUGGCCAAGUCCAGAAUCGCUGAUCCACGAGUGGAUCCAAGGAUUGAAAAAUGGCAGAACGGAUGAUGCCAGCGCUGAUGAGGAAGAUUACUAUACUGAUGACAGCGAUCGUCGUGGCGACUGCGGCUGUGGCUUAUGCAACCAGGAGGACCUCCCGGAUCAGGAUGAAGAGGAAGAGUCUGCGGAUAGUACUGAGGACGAAGAGACAGAGACCGAUAGUGACGGUAGUGAAGCUGGUGAAGAGGAGGAGGAGGAAGAGGAAGACGAGGACGAGGAGGAAGAGGAGGAAGAGGAGGAAGAGGAGGAAGAGGAGGAAGAGGAGGAAGAGGAGGAAGAGGAGGAAGAGGAGGAAGAGGAGGAAGAGAGCGAGGAGGAGAGCAGUGACGAGGACUAA